UCGCUUCAGCGGAAGACGUUUUGUAUCGGAUUAGUGGAGUACAUUACACCAACUCGAUACGAACAUCGUUUAAGACCCAUCGUGGAGAAGAUCAAGAGGGCAGAAAAUAUCAAAGUUGUAGUUUUGUGGAUAGGUGAUACAAUUGCUUCAGACUUGACAAAAGAAGCUCAUGCACAGAACUUAAAGGAACGCGUCUGGAUAAUGAGUGAUUCCUUGGCAACAAAAACGCCUGAAUUUCUGGGAAGCGACUUGAUGAGCCUUGGAACCUAUUUGGGAGUCCAGCCAAGACAGUUUCAUUACUUAGAAUAUGAGAAUUACGUGAAAAAUGUCACGCCAGAAAUUAACAAGAGUAAGGGGGAUCGAAACCCAUGGUUCGAUUUUCUGUGGAGAGAAGAGUUCAAUUGUUCUUCGAAUAACAACACGCCUGGAUACGAACAGUGCUCGGAUGACUUGAAAAUUUCAAACGAAUUAUAUCAGAAGAUGUCCGACGACUUUAUACCUUAUCAAGUGGACGCCAUCUAUGCCAUAGCGCAUGUGCUGGACAAGAUCUACCGCUGCCAAGAACCUUUUGGGUUGCUCGCAGGCGGCAAGUGCCCUCAGAAGUAUCCUUUUGUCAGCUCUUCCGACGUACUUUUGUACCUGCGAAACGUAAGCUUCGAAGGUAUAACAGGUCGUGUUGAAUUUAACGAUUAUGGUGACCCACUUCAAGCAGCCUACGACAUAGUGAGCUUUCAAAAAGCUAUCGUUGAUCGCACGGCUGAUGGAAAGCAUGUGAAAAUUAAGAUUGGAAAAUGGGAUGUCAAUAGUAACCCGGGACUUGAGAUUAAUGAAAGUGCCAUUAUAUGGAACUACGAAAACAUAACUUUUGCCAAUGACACAUCUCGGGUCCCCAAAUCAGUUUGUCGUGAGCAAUGUCCAUCCGGCACGCGCCAAACACCUAGUGUCGCUUGCUGUUGGCAGUGCAUUGAAUGCCCGGGUGGGGAAGUGAGCUUUCACGUGGGAUCAAAAAGCUGUAUCAAAUGCAAGGCUACUGAAAGGAGUAACGUUAAUAAGACAACGUGCGUUCCGCUUCCAAUCGAAAAUCUGGAAUGGAACAGUAUUGCAGGGAUCUCCCUGACAUUAAUUACAAUUGUUGGUCUUAUUUUAACAUUCCUGACUUCUCUGAUUUAUUAUAAAAAUCGCAGGACCCCUGUUGUGAAGGCGGCCAAUCGAGAAUUAAGCUUCUUGCUGCUUUUUGACAUUGCAGCAGGUUUUGUUCUGCCUCUUUUGACAAUUUCACGCCCGUCUCGACUGAUCUGCACUGUCAUUGAGCCUUGGCGGUAUAUAACAUCUUCUUUAAGCGUCUCGGUCCUUUUGGUAAAGACUAUGAAGCUGGUUAAGGUUUUUCAAGUAACCUACGUCGGUAAAUGGUUAAAAAUGGUCUGCUCCACCACAAGCGGGCAGUUUACGUCUGUAAUUUUGCUAAAUUUGAUUGAAGUCAUUCUUGCAAUCUUGUGGUGGACACUAGACGCGCCAAGUGAAAGAACUGAAAUCGAAAAAGGAAAAUACGUCUUAUAUACCUGUCGACCGUACCAAACCACCCUUGGCCUAGCGAUUGACAUCACCAUGGUUACAUAUCUAAUAUUAGUGUCAUUUCUCUGUGUGUUCUAUGCAUUCAGAGCAAGAAAUCUUCCCGAAAAUUUCAACGAGGCUCGGUUUAUCGGGUUUGCAAUGUAUAUUCUUCUCCUCUCUUGGAUUUCAUUCUAUCCUGUUAAAACUUCCCUUGAGGGGUGGUAUGUGGCUGUGGUUUCAUGCACCACCGCUCUAGUGAGUUCGUUUGGUGUGCUCGGAUGUCUCUACGUUCCUAAAGUUUAUGUGAUUCUUUUACACCCGGAGCAGAACACGAAGCAGUUUUUGCGAAGUGAGCUACGAACAGCUAAUUUCGUUGGCCCAGCCCCCGGUAGUGUUCAUUUAUCCGAACAAUCAGUUAACACUGAAGUGCCGCAGUUCGUAGUUGUCACAGGCAAUACUACUGACCCCCCAACCCGUCCUCUACCCCAUGUAUGUAACGAAAAACCAUGAAUAUUGUAAACGUUGUGCUGAUCAAUUGCUUAAAGAUUCUUAAUGAAACUAGAUUACUUUCAAGUCUGUUUUUGCUUCUCUUGUUCCUUGCUUUCUUCUUGAGCUGAUUAGUUAGUUACUUAGUAUUCAAUUCAACUCUUGGGUUGCCUGUGGUGAAAGCAAUAUUUGAAGGUCUUUCGAUCCUAGUUAUCAUCAUUUUACUACUUAACACUCAGCGAAACUGUACAGUUUACCAGAUUUUAAACAGGCGCAUCAAAGCGAUAUUAGAAACUAGCUACGCACUAUGUGAAAUGAACAACAACGAAAAUAAUUGAGAUUGUAUAUAAAACUGUUUAGCCCCAGUUAUAAUGAGAGAAUGAAAUUGAGAAUGUAAUUAACGCUGAACUAUAUCUUCUAGAGGACUUAACUUGUUACUUAAUAUCACAGGUCGUCGAUAACAAUCCUGCCUGGGUCUUGGGUAUGAAAUGCGGCGUGCGGCGAGUCAUAGCAAACGAUCGCGGACACUGAAUUAUCACUGGCCUUGAUUUUAUGAGCCGUAUAAUCGCUGACGGGGGUUCUAUUUUGUCUGUGGUUAAAAUAUUUGAAUGAAAAAUUGUUUGACACAAACACCAUGGAAUGGACACAAAGGUCGACCUGUGUUAAUAGUUUAUUUGCUCUUACCGUGAGUUUAUUCUAUUCAUGCAUUGGAACGUAUUUUACUCAUAUGGUUGAAAUCAUAAGAACAAAUUAAACUGAAAAUACUGUUUAACUGGUUGCUGCUGAUGUUCCAUUUUAGGGAAGAGGAAAUACCGACCUUGAUCUACCGGUGCUUAUUUCAAAAUGUUAAUUAAUUCAUGCUCUUUUUUCUGCCAGUGAAACAAUACGCUUCAAAGAAUUCUCUCGUAACGGGUUACUUAUGGUGGGGUUAAAGAUUUCCAAGGUCAGCAAAUACAAAGUAUGUCCAUCGAGAAGUUAUAUAGCAAUGUUUAGUCUCUUUAGGAAAAACAAUGAAGAAAAUGCAAUACAUAUCCUUUUUUUUUUACUACAAAAAGUCUCUGCCAUCAAAAAAUAAGCAAAAUGGAAGAACGCUUUGAACUUUAUAAUUGGACAAUUCGGUGUCAAUUAGAAUCUACCCCAUUAUAUGGUGUCCUAACUUAGAGGUACACAGUCCGAUUCAUAAGGUGUUUUAUCUAAAAAAAGGGUUACUGGUAGAAUAACAGGUUGACGCUUUGUGCGUCGCUUAAAAGCUCAACCUUAGCGACCUCUUUAGAAUAAAUUUGACAUGAACAGGGCAUGUGGCCUAGCCGGACCAUUGUUGAAUAAAUAAUCAAGCAGGAUUGAAUACAGCUAGCUGAAAUCGCCGCACGGCUUUCAAACUAGACAAGACAACCGCGUUAUGAGCGAAGAUUAUUAAAAGAAGCGUCGUAUUCCUUGAAAGCAACACAUCAUGACUGCCUGUACCGACUCGACGAUCGUGGAACUCCCGAAACUCAAGACAGAAGAAAAGCUAAAUUGUGCUGUUUGUGGAGACAAAUCCACUGGCAAGCAUUAUGGCGUUAGCACAUGUGAAGGGUGUAAAAGUUUCUUUAAGCGCACUGUUCGAAAUAGCACCUCAUACACGUGUAGAGGAAACAAUAACUGUACCGUGGAUAGGGAUAACCGAAGCCGUUGCCCCUCUUGCCGAUUCCAAAAAUGCCUUAGCACUGGAAUGAAAAAGGAAGGUAUGCUUUCCCAGAUGUUGUAAAUAUCAAAUAAUAACUUGUUUUACCAUCAUACAAUUAAGUUUAUACUUGAAGCUGAUGUUUUUAAAAGCCCAAAACCAAUCAGUGAGCGCGGACGUUUUAUCUAUUUGUUUGAAUUAGUUUCCCUGGAAAAAACUUUACAUUCUGUUCUAAUCAUCAUCAAUGAAAAUCAGGAACUCGACAAUAACGGACUUGCACAUUCUUCUUUGGAGAAACAAUGGUUGCUAUAACAAGUUUAAUUAGCUUUUCAGUCCGCACAGUAACAAAGGGAAUGUUUGAAUGUCUCAAUAUACGGGCACGUCAUGAAUAGGUCCAUGCCAAAAAUUAUUUUAAAAUUACAAUUAGAAUUUACUCUAUCAGCUAGGUAACUUGAAAUACGCAACUUAAACUUAAGAAAGUGGAAGAAUUGGAUCUAAAUGGCGUCUCAAUUUCAUCAGAGGAUUUUUUUCUGUAAUCUUAAAAUUUUUGUAAAAUUCAGUUCUCCCCUUUUCGUCAGCGAUGCGUUUCUUCCGCCACCAUAUUGAAUUGGGACCAAUGAACCUGUUAAAAAUGAUUAUUAUUAUGAUUAUUAUUAUUAUUACUGAGUAAUUUAAAAGGUUUUCUUUCGUCAUAUUUAUGACUGAGUGAACUGAACCUUUUCAAUAAUGGGCGUGAAAAAUGACUGUUUCUGGAAUGUCAAACAUUGUUUUUGUUGCGCAAAAAGGAAUUAGCUAGCCACCCGGCACGGCAUUCUCCUGCAAAUGUCAGCCAAGGGUGUCGCCAGAUGUAUUUGAAACAAGUUUCAGAUUUUCAAUUUCAAAUUUCCUUAAAAAGCUGAUGAAUGCGAAAUUCGCUGUUCUAAGAAUAGGUAAAACAAAAUUUGAAAAAAAAAAGAAAGAAAAGAAAAAAACAUCAAACCUUUCCCUUUAAUACUCCUUGAACCCAAAGAAGAAAAAGGGCCAAUCUGGCAUUAUAUCGUCUCCAAAAGCUGCGGUGAAAAUGGUUUCUAUAUAUGGUAAACUGUCAUAUAGAGUCAGUUCAGUGACUUGGAAUUAAGCUACUAGUGAGAUAAAAAUUCACUUAAGCCGAGCCUUUUGAAUUUCUUUUCCCUUCUAUUGCCAGGAGUGAUAUUUUAAAAUUAAACUGGCAUUGGAAAGCCCGGCUUUACUUUAAACUUGGGACCUUACCUUAAUAGUUCGCAUAAUUAGAAGGUAUUUUGAAAUUCCAUUGUACAGCUGCAUGUGCUCCAGGCCAUUCUAAUAUCAUCUUGAUGAUUUCGUUUCAUAUGCACUGCGUGAGCGAGUAACAGGGAAAGAAGGACCUUAGAAGACCGGGUGAGAAGACAAAACUACUCUCCGGACUAAAAUGAUUCUCAACUCAGAGGGAAGGUUCUUGAAUAGGUCCAGUCACUUUAAUCAGGGAGCCCCGUUUCCCCACGAAGGUUUUAUCAAACCUCUACAUAGGCCCAGCUAGUCCCUCUUCUAUUUUCACUGUCUAGUAGAGCGAACUUAUUCUAAUUUUCCUUAAACACGAGAGUUAGCAUUCAGAGGAAGAGAAAAUUUAAAGAAGUUUUACCAGAAGGUGACAUUGACCAAAGUGCUAUAACAGCUUAGUCCAACCUUAAUGUGCAUGCGUAUAUGGUGACCCAGAGAAAUUGUCAUGACGUUAUUACGCCCGAAGUCCAUUUAUCGACAUGCAUACUCAUGCAUUUAUAAUUACGAAACAAUUACUUCAACCUCGAUUUAUCUCACAUUUGUUUAUUUCUUUUCCUUUUUCAAAGGUAUUAAUUUAACGAUUUGUUUCUUCGUCUAUUCUUCCUACAGCUGUCCAGUCAACCAAACUCUCGCCAUUUUCAGGAUUCUCUUUCCCCUACUUCGGUGAUGUGUCGGGUUUUUACUCACAGGGUCUGCUGCCUUUCACACUACUGCAACCAUCCCUUUCGAAUCCGGGUAACAUUCAUCUGGGAAUGUUUCCGCAACCACAAGGAACUUCUGAAGUCGUGUACGAGUUAGCUGCCCACGUGCUCUUCUCUGUGGUAGACUGGGCCAGAAAGCUGCCAACAUUUCACAAUCUCGUGGAAAGCGACCGGAUUACGCUGUUGAAAAUGGCUUGGAGCGAUCUAUACCUGCUUGAGAGCGCACGAAGCCCGAUCCACAUGUACAUACAGCAGUUGUACGCCACAAGUAGCACACAUUCGAGGCAGGUUUCCAUGGAGACUAUUCUCAAGAGGAUGGAGUACGGCAGGCUGUUUCAGGACCAGGUGGAGAAAGUUCGAUCCCUUGGAAUGGAUUUGACCGAACAUUUUCACAUUAAGUGCAUUGUCUUGUUUAGAACAGGUGAGAUCCUCUUUGAUUCCUUGAGCAAGUAAUAACAGUUGCAAAUGAAACCUCUACGAUAAGAUAAAACAUCUGUAACUUUUCAUUUAAAACUGGAAAGCGAAACUCAGCAUUGUUAGUUUUGGACACACAAUUUCGUGGCCUAGAAUGGCUGAAGCAAAUAAGUGUAUAUUUCCAUUGGUCAAGAAUUCAAGUUAUUUAUAAAUGCUCCUGUUUGCACUUGAAACUUCGAAAUUACUCAAACAUCGCUUUAAUCUGCAGCUUACUAGGUUGCUCGUCACAAUAGGGAGCUUAAGCAGCGACGUUUUUGAGCGACGCACGUCAACCGGAAGUGAGGUAUUUUCCCUCUUAACAUGCCUUGAUGAUAUAAAAUUUGUAUUCCUUAGCUUCUUUACUGUUAUAGAGGCGAUUUGACUGAAAAUUUGCGCGAAACCACCGUCAAAAAAUGAAAAAAGGCCUCUUCUGGUUGACGUGCAUCGCUCAAAAACGUUGUUGCUUAAGCUCCCUAAUGGCAAGUGGAGUGGGUCAAAAACGUAAUCUGAAAGCAAUAUAAUCACCCUUUCUCUUCUGAUUGAUUUAAAUGGGUGUUCUUCAACCACCGAGUUCUCGCUGUUAAGCUGUACUCUUACAUCACAUUCGGAGCGGCCGACAAAACUAAUCGAAUUUUAAAUGAAUUGAAGAUGUGAUCCCUGCAGUGGUAAUUGCAAGUUAAGCAAUUGCAAAUAAACCCAAAAAGGAUGUCGGGACUUUUGCGCAAGCACUCCAAUGCUCUACCAUCUGAGCUAUGAAAACCCAUGCAUCGGGAGCAGGCAAAUUUGUUGAGUUCAUCUUAACCCGUGAAAGGAAUGAAACAUGAUGAUAAUGUGAACUGCGGAAAUACAAAUCGUAAAUGAAGAAGUGAUCCUCGCAGCUGUAAAACAAUUCGGGUUUAUUUGCAAUUGCUUAAAUUGAAAUUGCCAUUGCGAGGAUCACAUCUUCGUUCAAAAUUGUAUUUCCCCAGUUCACAUCGAUCUCAUCUUCAGAACUUAUCGAGUUGGAAUUUGAUAUCGACGUUCUCUUUAGGAGGGAGUAGGAGAAACUCUCUUGGAUUAUCAUUUGAUUAAUUUACAAUUAUUACACGAGUGCGCGUUGGAUAUGAGAUACUACGUAGAGAUACGCGUCUCGUUGGCUAUAAUCAUCUCAUAUCCAACAAGCGCGAGUGGAAUAAUUGUUUUAUUAAAAAAGCCCACAAAAUAUCGAGAAUUCUUCCCGUUUUGAUUUGUAAAAACAACCGAUUUUCAGCUUGUUUUUAAUUUUGAACAGACAGGUACAAUUACCAUAUUUGGAAAGCAUGGUAUAAUGGCUCAAAUACAAUGAUGGCUAAGCCAAUCAGAGCGCUAGAAUUGUAUUAUCCAAUGAUUCAGUUUUUAAUGAUUGUUUUUUCCUUCACCCUAGACGGCUCUCCCAUUACACAGCCUCAACAAAUCGAAGUCCUACAGGAUACUUCACAAAGUUCCUUGGAACAGUAUAUUAAAUCCCAGUACUCCAACCAACCGACGCGUUUCGGAAAACUGCUUCUUAUGUUAUCAUCCCUGAGAAAAAUUGAGCCAGCGAUUAUCGAGCAGCUGUUUUUCUCAGAGGUGUUGCGUGGUGCGUCAAUGGGAGACGUGUUGAAGAAGAUGCUCACAAGUAAUUCAUCUGCACCUAUAGCUCAUGGAUCGUUUAUUGCGUAACCACCACAAAUAUAAAAAGAAAGUAGAAAUAUGGGUCAAGACGGCCUUUUUGGGAAUCGAAUAGAGUAAGCCCUAAAACCUUUGCUGUAAAGUUAUGUUGUACCUACAUUGCAAGAUAAAUCACAGAGCAUGUGAUGUUUUCCUAGAGGGCAUUUUAAUCAAAUGCUUAGCAAAAAAUCCAUGCACUAUUGAGUGAAUGAAGGAGCGUAUUCCGAUUACCAUAGUAUAUGUAGGAGUAAAAGUAAUGGUGACAACCGGUACAUCAAGCAAAAGUUGUUCCUUUAAGUAGUCUUCUUUCUCAGAGAAGCAAUGUACUAACUUAUAAGUUUUCUUUUGAGACACCUCAUAUACAUAUAUCUAUAUACAACACGAUGUACUUAGUUUCAAUAUCAUUGAAAAUUACUUAACCAUGUUAUCAGUAUGUCAAAAAGAAUGAGAAAGAAAUUCCCACGAUAUCCCUGUGACUUGAGGUAGUGACUAGAGGUGUCAAUUUGGAGGUCAUGGACCAUGAAGACCGUGCAGAUCAAAUCUUAGUUCAAAUAAAAGUAACAUUCAAAUGAAGCAAACUUGACCCUUGGAUGUAAAAAAAAAUUCCGAGAAUUUGAUACAUUAUAGUAUAAACUAAAUAAUACCAUAUUCUGGCCAAAAAAUAUUGUAAUAAUAAAACGUAAUGUUAAAAUAUUUUCAAAUGAUUCUUUUUGAAAUUGUAAUAAAAGAGAAACAGCAAGGAGAGGCUGGCGAGACAGGUGGUUUAAAAAAAAAAAUCAGCCAAAACGUAUAGUCAAGAAAAUUAUUAGGACGUUUUGGAUAAGAUUGUAAGUAGUCAUUAAAUUUAACAUUAGAUGAUACUACUAAUUGAUUAAAUAAACUUAAAUUGAUUGUAAAAUCCUGAGUCUUGAUUGAUCUACUUUCCACCUGUCAAACCACAGGUGUCCCAAGCUCGCGUUACACGUGUGUUACCGAAAUAUACUCCUUUCUCACAAGAGAGUAGGUGUCGGUUUUUUUUCCCGUGAAGAGAGUGACAAGGGUCACACAAUAAAUGCCACAAAAAACGACUAAAUCGAUGAAUUCACACCAAAAAACACAGCAAUACAUCAAAGGUAAGUCUCCUUUAUUUAUUUUAUAGAAAAAAAAAUAAAAGCAAUGAUAUUUAGCGUUCGCAGACCUCAGUAUGUUACUGAUUUCACAUACAAAGUCUCAACGAUAGUUUGUAACGCGACGCUGACUCUCUUGAGAGAAAGUAAAUUUACAUAACGCACUCGUAACGUGAACUUGGGACGCCUGUGAUAAAAGUUCUACAGCGAAACCUGAGAGUAUCAAGCGUCGCCAUUAAACAGACUCUGGCCCUAUGAUUAAGCGGACGUCAGAGGUUAUCAGUUUUUCUCAAAAACCUACGAUGUUUUGUUUUCUUCAAACAGACACCUCACUCAAGCGCGCACUAUCGAGAUUUAAAUCAUAUUGCUCUGUGAGCGUAAGGGCUCAGUAAGCGUUUCAAUUUACUUUGUUAGAAUGACGGAUAUGGGCCGUUAUUUCCAAUAUAUGAGCAAACUGCUUUAAGGAGAUGUUUUAACAAUAGGGUCUAUUGCUUCAUUCAGUUAUCGAACACAAACCCUUUAUCGACAGAAUGUAGAAGAAAUAACCAUAAUUAAAUAAUUUUAUAUAAGAUAAAUCACGAUUGACGUAACGUCAUUGUAUAACCUUAUUUCUUACAUUUUAUUGCAACAUACUCUUUUGAUCAAUUGGGGACAGGGAAGUAAUAAAUAAAUAAAAAAAAGAGGAAAGCAUUUUUAGCGUCAUUUGAACAAUUGAAGCACAAAGUCCAUGGCCAGCUGACAUAGCAAAGAGCGAUCAAAGAAAACAACUAUUAGUUUUGAUUAACUUGUGUUUAGAAUUUAGCACAUUGUGCCUUCUAAUGCGAGCAAACUAAGGCAUAUUGCAAUGUGAAUCAUGAUUCUAGGGAUACCAAUUUAAAAUUCUGGCUUUUUUCUUUUAGUUGUGGAAGUAUGAUUAUUUUAACAAAACAGCAGGAAAAAAGGUAUUGUUUCAUCUGAGAUGAAUUCUGAGAAACAGACACAUUGGAUUUUUCAAAAUCAUUGUAUACAUGGCAAAAGCCAGGUCAAACAAAAAAGCGAAACUGAUCAUAAAACGGAAAAGAAAUUAAAUUUUUCAUUAGAGGCUGGGAAUCACUGACGAGUAAUUUGUCGAGCGAUAAAAUUACAAAGUAAACAGACUCACUUAAAACUUUCAAAUGUUAAAGUAUAAAAGAUCAGUUGUCGUGAAAGAAAGAUUCAACUGGAAUUUAAUUAAACAAUUUUAGGAUCCUCAGUUUGUGGCGUGUACUUUUUUUUUUAAUAUGAAGGCUGUAAGAUGAGGUCCAAAUGUAAUUUGUUUUUAUCUUAUAAUAAUCUUUGCUGUCCUUUAUGAGGAACUUGAAUUGAGCAGGUGAGAUCUCAAAGUGUGAAGAUGUCGUUAUUGGUCCAAUUCAGUGUCAGGUCCACUGUCCACAAAUUGUUAUCAUCACCAAGUAUUUGUUCAAUUUAGACUUAAUGAAAGAGCGACAGAAGCUAUAAUCACCAUUUGAAGCCGAAGAUUGGAUGAAGGCUGCAAGAGAGGUAAGAAACUUUAAACUUAACAUUAAAAGUUACUUUUAUUAACACUUUUCUCGUAGAAUGAUUCAUCUAUACAUUUGUUUACGAUUUGAAGCUGCUUCUCUGAUCUCUUAAGCCUCUGUACUGUACCAGUUUUCGGCUCAUAUCCGGAAUCGCCAGGCGAUUUUGAUUCGUGAUGAGCAAAAACGAAAUAGUAGGGUUUUGACGUCUUUAAAUAAAUCUCGCGCAUCCUAAGAUUCUUAUCAAAUCUUUUCGACUAACUUUGUAUGAUUUCUAAAGACUAUUGCGAUGGACAGUCUGAAAUUCUAAGACCUUUCUAAGACUGAAAAUAUAUAUUGUCCUCUAUCCAAGGGCAUUUAAAACAGAAAAAAUCUGAACACUAUAAGCAACUCGAGAUAAUUUCUUGAUAUUCAUUAUCUGAUUAACUUUGCCUCUUAAUUUCCUAUGAUUUUGCAAACAAGACAUACGACAUUGCAACAACCCUUCCCAUCAAUUAGGGACCUUAAGAUCCGACGACAGCGACUGCAACGAGGACGUCAAAAAAGCAAUAGUUUCAAUAACCAAAACAACAAUUUUGCAGGUAUCACCCUUUUUUGUUCAUUUCUUUGCCGUCACUGCACGACUACGACGCUUUACAGAGGAAGUACACAAGCGACGACGAAAUUUCCUCUCUAUUUCUGAGCUUGGAUAUGGUUCUUAGGAAUUCAAUUUUAAGAGGGUUCACCUACAUUUAACAAAGUUAGUGACUUGGAGUAAUCGCGAUGAAGAUUGAAAAAACGCGAAUUCACUUUUUCAAGGACGUUUUCGCUGCCCGUCGCCGUCCUCGGAUCUUAAGGUCCCUAUUAUUUCAACGGUGGGGUGACUGCAUGAUGCAUGGGGCUCCCGAGGGUUCGUCAUAGAGAACAAAGCCUGGUUUACUAAGAAUUUCGUGAUGCUUUUUUAUUAUAUAUUUAUCAUUAAAAACAAAACUAAUUAAAGAAAAACGAAAAUACAUUUAAGGACUAAAUAAAGAAAGAAAACAUGGAGGAUUAUAAUGUUUACAGAGAGCUGGAUAGAGAAAGAUGUAAAAUAACAAUAUCGUUACGUAAUUUUUGAAUGUCUUCGUGUAGGAAAUUGAAAGUGGUGUUAAUUCACGACGAUCGAUUAAUUUACUGAAAAAUCAAAAUACUCAUUUUCACCCAAGCAAUAAAAGUUUUAGUUAAUUAUAUAGUACGGUCCAUAAGUGCGAAAAGAAUGGAGGAAGAAGGAGACAAAUGGCUAACGUUGUGUGAUUAAAGAAGUAUGGACUGCUUGGGUAAGAUUUAGUAUUUUGUGAAUUUUAGUUUCCAAUUGGACCAAUCAAAUAAAUGUCUGACCAAAGUACUAUUUUCUUCACCUGAAUUUGAAAUUGAAAAGAGGUAAUCUACAUUUUUGAAAUAGAUCAAACCAGAAUGAGAGCUUCGAUUGAAUCUUGGAUCGGAGCAGGUGAUACAAUGGGUGACGUGUGAAGGUGUUCCUCUUCUUCUUCUUUUCUUUCUUUUUGUCUGUUUUUUUUUUCUUUUUUUUUUUGGGGGGGGGGGGGGAGACUAUUUAAAAUACUUAACAGACUAUUUAUAAAUACAAUCAUUAACUUAUAAAAAGUCAUAGGUUCACAAAAUUUUGACAAUCAUGCCAUUUAAAAAAAAAACUCAACUCAGUCUCGGUAAAAUAGCCCUUUAUUCCGUUAGGAUGGUUAUGCCUGACACAUUUUGAUAUAAAACCUUAAAGUAACGAUGGGUCGCUAUGAUCAGAAGUAACAUGCCUUCGAGUCAUUUUUUUUGGGGGGGGGGAAUUGGAUGUUUUGCAAUUUUACACUUUUGAGUGUUUUUUAUAACGAUUCGUACUAAAAUCCAAGAUGCAAGUCAUUUUCAAUAACAAUACAACAUAUAAUGUAAUAGGAGAUCUCCUCACAGGAUCAUCCAGUAGCAAAACCAAAGACACAAUUUGAUUUUCACAAAGAUGCCUUUUAUUGUGAGAUUAUUCAAUCUGGAACCGAGCUGAAUUAUUUAAAUGGAGACAUUCAUUCUAGCUGUUUUCUUAGUUCAUUUGGACAGCUUAAAGAACCAGUUUGCACAUUAUUUUCAACACCUAAUUGUCAGCCUCCUUUAAUAGAAAGCUUUUUUAAUUAAGCGCGCUUCCAUAAUCAGAUGCCUUAUCAGCAGUUGAUUGUAAACUCGGUGAAAUCUAAAGCCAGUCAAAGGCCUUUGAUUAAGAUAGCGCUAACUUCUUUUAAAUGUUUUCAUUUUCUCUGUAGUCAAGGUAAAAAGAAAACUGAGAGCUUUGAAUUGACGAGCUCCCUUAUACAACAAUCGAAAGAUAGUCAGAGCAGAGAAGAGACGAAUUUUGGAGACUUUAAAGUACUGGAAAAUGAAGUACACCCAGCCUUUGGGAAUCUUCUUCGUCUUGACUUUGUUUUUCCCAGUCACAGCGCAACAUCACAACAAAAUUUCCAGCAAGAACAUUCAAGGGCCAGAACAUAGCAACUUUACCCUGGGCGGCCUAUUCUUUCUUCACUACAAAGGUACCAAUAAUGAGGACUGCGGCGAUUUUCAUGCUCCCGGUUUAGGACAUGUGCAAGCUAUGAUUUACGCCAUUGAAAGGAUAAACAGUGAUCCUAAACUACUGCCAAACAUAACUUUGGGCUACGACAUACAUGACUACUGUGAAAGCGCCUCCCUUGCUGUGAAUGCGACUUAUAAAUUUGUGAAAGAUAUGGAAUCGCACUAUGUAUGCCCCAAACAAUUCUUGGCGUCACAACCACCAAAUAAAACGGCACCAGGACAUGUAAGUCCCCUGAUCUCUGUUAUAGGGCCUGGCGAUUCUGGAAGUUCUGUGUUAGUGGGAAGUCUGCUCAAAGUUGCGGGAGUACCUGCCAUCAGUUUCGGUGCUACCAGUGAGGAAUUGAGCUCACCAUUUUACAAGCACUUUUACAGGACCGUGCCUUCGGACAAGCAGCAAGCGAGUGCCAUGGCGGAUUUGUUUGAAUAUUUCGGUUGGAACUAUGUCGGGGCGAUUGCUGUUGAUGACUCAUACGGCAGGUAUGGCGUGUGGGCUCUUGAAAAGGAAUCGUUUACACGAAAAUCAUUUUGCAUUGCGCUGUCAGAAUACAUCCCGCGUUUAAACUAUAUGAACAAGAUUAAAAUUAUUAUAUCAAAGCUGAAGAGAGAAAGAAAAGUUAAAGUCAUUGUACUUUGGCUAUUUGGCGGCUAUGGAAAAAGUUUUUUAAAAGAAGCAGAAAAGCAGCAAAUUUUCGACCGUACCUGGAUUUUAAGCGAUGCCCUUGCAUCUGAGCAACCGAGGCACGUCCGUACUAUCUUCAAUAUCCUAGACGGAUCCUUAGGAAUACAGCCCCGAUUUUACCAAAGCAAGGACUUUGAAUCCUAUUUAUCUACUUUCGCCCGGAAGGAUGUGAAGGAAAAACGCCUUUCGCACUGGUGGGAAGAAGUAUGGAGAGGUGAAUUGAAUUGUUCAGUAAAUCAAUCUAAAGGUUUUGAUAUCUGCAAAGAGAACACGACAUUGUCUUGGCGAAUAAUUCCCAAAUUGUACGAUACCUUCCUUCCUUAUGUCAUUGAAGCAGUGUAUGCCGUUGCACACGCUCUUCAUGAGCUAUAUUUCUGCGUAGAACCGUAUGGUCUUCUUCCGGGUGGCAAAUGUCCUGAUACUAGCGCAACUGUGAAACCGCUUGAUAUCGAUUUGUACUUAAGAAACGUUUCAUUUCAAGGAUUACUAGGCAAGGUUGAAUUUGACGAGGCCGGUGACCCUUUGAUCUCGUCUUAUGACAUCAUCAACUUCCAAAAGCGAUCUGGAAGUGGCGAUGAAGGACACCGGAAAGUAAUUGUGGGCUCAUGGGAUAAGACUUUCAAGAAAAGACUCCACAUUGACAAUGAUAAGAUCAAAUGGAGCAGCAGUGUUUUAAAUUCGACCAGUAUACCGACCUCAGUUUGUUCAUUUGCAUGCCCUCCUGGGACGUUGCAGACUGUUACAACUACUUGUUGUUGGGAGUGUACAAAUUGUCCCAUCGGAUCAGUAAAUUCGCUUCCUGGAUCUUCAAACUGUUCAGAAUGUGCGAAAGUUCAAAGAACCAACAGUGAACGAACGAAAUGUGAAGAUUUACCAAUUGCUAAUAUUAAGUUAACAGACAUCACUGGUUUAAUUAUAACUGGCUUUGUGUCUCUUGGCGUAAUACUAACACUGUUUUCGGCCGUUAUUUUAUUGAAAUACCGAGAAACGCCUCUUGUCAAAGCCUCAAGUCGUGAGCUAAGCGCAAUUCUUCUACUUUCUAUAACCAUGUUCUUUGCACAAACAUGUCUGAGCUUGAUUAAACCAACCAACUUGAUUUGCCGUUUGAGGUGUUGUUUUAGUUACGCUGCAUUGGGAACAUGCGUGGCUUCUUUGAUGAUUAAAACUCUCCGCAUUCUAAGCGUAUUUCACGCUAAUCUCAUCGACAGGACUACAAAGCAGUUCAUCUUAACGACGAAAAUUCAAGCGAGUUACAUGGUUUUACUUAACGGAGUGGUCUUUUGUCUCUUGACCUCUUGGCUGAUUCUUGAUCCACCAUCCCUUAGACGGGUAAUUCAUAGAGGCGAGUCCAUUUUCCUAACGUGUCAGCCGCAUAGCUCCAGAGGUGGGUUUGGUCUUCACGUGGCAAUCAACUGCUACAUUUUUCUUCUUUCCUUGAUUUCUACUAUACAAGCAUUUAAGGCCAGAAAACUGCCAGAAAAUUUCAACGAGGCAAGGUACAUUGGUCUGGCUAUGUACAUGCUCCUUCUUUCUACUGUAGCAUAUUUCCCAGUCGACUUUGUGGGAUUAGAGAACUGGAGGGGAGCCAUUGUGGCAUGCGCCACUACAUUAGUGAGUUCCUAUGGCCUCCUAGGUUGUAUGUUUGCUCCCAAGAUGUACGUCAUAUUAUGUCAGCCAGAACAGAACACUAUAGCUGCCGUGCGCACCCAGGUGUCUGAUUACACAUUCAGGCAUUCACUUGCCUCGUCGCAUCAAAAGUAA